AUGGCAGAGAACAAUAAGGAUUUAAAAUAACUUAAGAUCAAAACAGCAGCUCUCAAAAGAAUUCAAAAAGAAUUUUUUGGUUAUUAAAAGGAAGAGUUGAAAUAAAAUGAAAGAAUUUAAAAGCUUAAAGACUAAAAUGCUGAUGAGGCAGAUAUCAAAAAAUAAGAAGAAGUUCUAUAAGAAACUGUAUAAAUGUAUCCAAAUAUUAUUGGAAGACUCGUUGAAUCUGUGACAGAACUCUAAGGUUGGCUAGAUGGAAAAAUAAAUGAUCCCUUGAUUGAUACCAGUGAUGAAAAGACAAAGGCCCUAGAAGCAAUAGUUGAGGCCUAAGAGUUUUUGGUAGCAAAUAACCCAGCUCAAUGAAUAUUUUAAAUCUUAUUAGCAAUGAAUGUAUCUAAUAUAUACGAUUAAUUACACGC